AGUCGCGCCCUCUUGCUUCCUGGCGAAGGCGCGGACGGCGCGCGGAGGCGAGCGCGGUGGAGAGGAGCCCCCGGCGCCGCAGCGCCGUCAGGGCAUGAGGAUGGCCGUGGGCUCCGUCAAGAUGCAGCCGCCGUGCGAGAGCCCGGCCCUGGCCGCCGCGGCGGCGGUGGUGGCGGCAGACGGCCCCCUGCGCCGCAGCCCCAGCGCCCGGGAGCCCGAGCGCGAGCAGCCGCCGGCGUCGCUGCGGCCGCGGCUGAGGGACCUGCCCGCGCUGCUGCGGAGCGGGCUCACGCUGCGGAGGAAGCGGAGCGCCGCUGGGGGCCGGACUCUAUCAAGAAGAAUAUCUAAUCCGUACCUUGAACAUACGCCUUCCCAGAUUUAUGGAGAGAAUUCUUCUUGUGCAGGAAGAGCAUUGAGGAAUAUUAUUAUCGUUCAAGCAGCUGACCUGAUAAAGGACAGAGUGAACCUCAAGGGGUUUUACAGGAGGAGCUGCGUUGGGUCAGAGCUGGUAGACUGGCUUCUAGAACACUGUCCUUUCGUCCAGUGCAGAUCUAUGGCCAUAGGAGUCUGGCAACUCCUACUGGACAUGGGAAUUAUGUUAUCAGUGGACCAGCAUCUAUACUUUCAAGAUACUUACGUUUUCUACCAGUUUUCCUCUGAUGAAUGUAGCUACUUGUACUGUGAAUUUGAAAGAGAAGAAGAAUGGCAAAAUGGUGUCAAGCUUUUACUGCAACUUGUGCCUCUCAUUCCUGCCAGAGGUGGCAUCUGUGAACUGUCUCAUCAGAAAAUUGAAGACUCCGAAGAAAGCAGUGAUGAAAUUCUUGUGCGUCUAACAUCUGCUGUGCAGAGAGAGCUAGCUGCUGUUAUUGCUUUGAAAGCAAGGAAGUCUGCAAUUGAACAAGAUGAAGAAAACAAUGACAAACAUGUAGCUGUAACAGAAGCCGAAAGUGUUCCAGAUUCUCAGGCAGGGGUGAUGUGCAAGCUUCAGGAAAGAGAUGAAAUCGGACGAAUUGAACUAGUCCAGAAGCUGGCAAAAGAAAACUAUCAGUUUUUGCAGACGGACAAAAAAGAACAGGAGAAGUCUGAACACCAAGAUGAUGAAGUGACGACUGUUCAGGUUAAAGAGCAAGACCAGAGCGUCCUGGUGCUGAAGAAAGUGCAGUGCUGUGGCCCAGCCCCCACAGCUGGGAGUGCGGAGAGCCAUUGGAGAUAUGUGGUGGUGUCCGGGACCCCGGAGAAGAUUUUGGAGCACCUUUUGAAUGACUUGCACCUGGAAGAAGUCCAGGACAAAGAAACAGAGACCCUCCUGGAUGACUUCCUUCUCACGUACACUGUCUUCAUGACAACUGAUGACUUGUGCCAGGCUCUGUUAAGGCACUAUUCUGCUAAGAAGUAUCAAGGCAAAGAGGAAAACUCAGAUGUUCCGCGUAGGAAACGUAAAGUCUUGCAUCUUGUUUCCCAGUGGAUUGCUCUGUACAAAGACUGGUUACAUGAAGAUGAACAUUCAAAAAUGUUUUUAAAGACCAUAUAUAGGAAUGUACUGGAUGAUGUUUAUGAAUAUCCAAUACUUGAAAAAGAAUUGAAAGAAUUUCAAAAGAUACUUGGAAUGCACCGUCGUCACACUGUAGAUGAAUAUUCACCACAAAAAAAGAAUAAAGCCCUUUUCCACCAAUUCAGUCUUAAGGAGAACUGGCUCCAGCAUAGAGGAACUGUGACUGAAACGGAGGAAAUUUUCUGCCACGUGUAUAUAACAGAGCACUCCUAUGUCAGUGUGAAGGCAAAAGUUUCCAGUAUAGCCCAAGAGAUCCUAAAAGUCGUGGCAGAAAAGAUCCAGUAUGCAGAAGAGGAUCUGGCGCUGGUGGCCAUCACAUUCUCUGGGGAAAAGCAUGAACUUCAGCCAAAUGACUUAGUCAUCUCCAAAUCCCUUGAGGCAUCUGGUCGAAUAUAUGUCUACCGGAAAGACCUGGCGGACACUUUGAACCCAUUUGCAGAAAAUGAGGAAUCACAGCAAAGGUCGAUGAGGAUUUUGGGAAUGAACACUUGGGAUCUUGCUCUGGAAUUAAUGAAUUUUGAUUGGAGUCUAUUCAAUUCAAUUCACGAGCAAGAGCUGAUCUACUUCACGUUCAGCAGACAGGGAAGUGGGGAACACACUGCAAAUCUCAGCCUUCUGCUCCAGAGAUGCAAUGAGGUCCAGCUUUGGGUGGCCACGGAGAUUCUGCUCUGCAGCCAGCUGGGCAAGCGAGUGCAGCUGGUGAAAAAAUUCAUCAAAAUUGCGGCUCACUGCAAAGCCCAGAGAAACCUGAAUUCUUUCUUUGCCAUUGUGAUGGGUCUCAACACUGCUUCUGUCAGUCGACUGUCACAGACCUGGGAGAAAAUCCCUGGGAAGUUUAAGAAACUUUUCUCUGAACUUGAAAGUUUAACAGAUCCUUCCCUAAAUCACAAAGCCUACAGAGAUGCAUUCAAAAAGAUGAAGCCACCAAAAAUCCCUUUCAUGCCCUUAUUGCUUAAAGAUGUAACAUUUAUUCAUGAAGGAAAUAAAACUUUUUUGGAUAAUCUUGUCAAUUUUGAAAAGCUGCAUAUGAUCGCAGACACUGUCCGAACCCUGAGACACUGCAGGACUAACCAGUUUGGUGACCUGUCUCCAAAAGAGCAUCAAGAGUUAAAGUCCUAUGUUAAUCACCUGUAUGUCAUUGACAGCCAGCAGGCUCUGUUUGAGCUCUCACACAGGAUCGAGCCUCGGGUGUGAGUCCCACUGCCUCACCUCCCCUGUAUCUGCAGCACUUUGAGCUACGGGAAUGUCUAUGCCAAGCACGUUGCUUUCCUGUGAGAAAAGAAGUUGCUGAGUUUUAUCAGUAUAACCCAAGACAUUCACAGGAAAGCCAGCCAAAGCGUGUUCAGGAAGUGAUGUCAGCCACCAGAGAGGGGGAGAGGUUUCUCCAUGCUACUCUCGGAACAAGAAGGCAGAAGGAGAGUCAGAAGCAUUCUUGAGAUGGAGAAGGCUGGUUUCUUAUGAUCACAUUGUUGAUCCAGUCCAGUUUUCAAUAUGAGAUGUGCCAGCAUCAAGACAAGACAACGUCUUGACAUGCAAUGACCAAAUAUUUCAUUAAGAGUGUGCAUGAAACAGGAAGGAGUUUUUACUUUGCCUAGUUUUAGAUUACUGUCCAUAAGCUGUCAAAGAAGUCAUUCUUUUGAACACCUGAUGACAGAGACAGCAUCUCUAGAUCUCCAGGGAGGAGAGGUUUCUGUUGAUACAACCUGUGACAUCACCAAAAGCCACUUGUGUCUAGGGAGUUAGUGAGGACUGCAGCUAGCAUCCAUGCUCUGAUGAGCAGAUGAACAAUGUCAAGGUGUGCAUCACUUUGCACCACAAUCAACUAUUGACACAUGCUUGCAGGUGAAAUUAGUUUCUGUACAACUGAUUUGCAGCUACAGGCAAGGUAGAUGAAGUUGCUUUGCCAGUAAGGAAAAUUAGUAAUCUUUAAGAAAUUGACUCAUUGUUUAAUUUCUGGGGAUUUUCUUUAUACUUGUAAGCAGGCUCUUAUCUUUUAUUGGACAUAAUAUGAUUUUGAAAAAGCACAGUGCCUGACACAUUGUAAACACUCACUAACUGCUUACUGAGGUGACAGAGUCACAAAAGUCUGCAUUCUUGUGCCUGAUGAUGCAUUUUGCGUACCUCAUACAGGCUCCUUGCCCACACUAUGGAAUGACAGCAGCCAGUGCAGGGAGGUUAAGUGACACUGAAUGAGUGAAGCACUUAGCACUCUCUAGGUAAUAAGAUAGUGGUAAUUACCAGUGUUUUGGCAAAUGAAAAAUGCCCUGAAAUAGCCAAAUGUCUGAUUAAUGUUGGCGACUUAGAAGUCCUAUAGUCCAACUACCAGCCAAAGCAGGGAGCCUUUGUAUAAUUUGCCUUUUUUUUUUCUUUCCAAAUCUGAGUCUUCUAAAAUCUUUUCUUAUUAUUCCCAUUUUUACCAAUUGAGGCUCCUGUAGCAAAUAAGACCUCUUGAUAUUUUCAAGGACUGGUUAGAGGAUUUCUUUCAACCUUCACAUGAACAAAACAGCCUAUGGGUCAAAAUAAUGAAACCCCCCCCCCCCCACCCCCCCGCCUGCUGGAUACUUGUCACCUUGCUGAAAUGCAAGGGCCUGCUCCAUUCAUUUUCCAAAUGCAGGAGUCUUGGUGCACUUCUCACUCUUCCUGCCUGUUCAUCUCUUUCAUGCCCACACAGACCUGUUUCCUUUUUGUCUCAUCAACGCCUCAUUCAUCCUCAUUACUGAGGCGUGUCCAGUGCUUUUUGACAUCUUUAUAGCAGUGCUGUUUCCUGGGCUCAGGAACCACACUGAGCUUGAGAUACUGCUGGAAGGAACCAUGUGGAGAGAAGGUUUGGGAGAACUUUGAGAGAGACUUAGUUUGGCCCAGCAUGUAAAACUUCAGUCCUGAACAUUUACAGGGUUUUAUAGAAGGGCAUCCUCCAGGGCUGAUCCAUUCAGAGAAAUGCUGCAUGCUGCCGUCAUGGAAUGUGGCCCACAGGAGGACACCAGAGCCAUGAGAACCGGAGAGCAGACUUCCCUCAUGGCUGGGCUGAGCAAACCCUCCAAAGCCCUCCUCACGCAGUUACUAACAAUAGCAUGGGCUUACAGCACAAGCACGUGUUCUCACCUUUUUCCUAUGCCCUGGACUAAGGUUUGGCGAGUGUAAUCAUAUAAGGCCAUCCUGACAUUGUUUCUGUGUUUCAAAAUUUGGAUUUUUAUUUACAUUAGAACUACAUUGCUCCUAGUAGAACAUUACCUUUAGGGGACUAAUUUUCCAUGGAGAACUAUUUCAGCAUAUUGCAUGCUGCUCAGACCCCAAGUCAGAUAUGCACACCAAGCCAGAUGAAGCUACACAAAUGUGGUAUUUAAAUGCAUUUUGUACAGUGACUUCAGAGUAUCUCACAUGACAUGGGUGUAAACUGGCUGGGGAGAAAAUGAUGCUUGUUCACCUCUUCCUCCAGCCGUGGUUAGGUGGUCCUAGGGGUAGCAGAGGGAAGGGAGGAUUUUGUGCAGUCAAGAUUUGCUUUUCCAUCCUUGUCUUCUGAGUGUCUAAAAUCUCUGCAUCUUUCUGAAGUUUAACAAGUGUCUCCAGAGGUUUGCCAGGCAGCAGCUCUCGGAAGUUUCCAAAGCUUUGCAGAAUCUUAGAUCUGGAAUUAAAGAAUUCAAGCCUGAAUUGUGAGAACUAGAUUUUACUCAACAGAAAGCUCUUUCUAAGGAAUCUGAGCUGUUAACUGGUGGACAGUUGUGGGGCUUGAGUGCUCCUUGUUAAUAGGAUGGGCCAUGCACCCUCUCUGGAUAUUCACCAAGGCUUCUUCAGAAUAGGGUUUGUUCUGGCUAGAAGCGUGGUCUAGAAGAUGGCUAAGCUCUUUGCCAGCUCUCAUUUGGAAUUUUAUUAUUGCAUAAAAUCUUGGCUCACUCUGCAAAUCUUACGUAAUCUGGCACCUUCGGCACCAGGUGGUGCAGGGGCACUUCUAAGUGGGCUCUUUUUGUUACAGCACAACUCUCAGACAGUCCUGUGGGUCUUUGGAUUCGUCAGCAUUCCAGCAAACUAGCCCUGCUUAGAAGUUAGCACAAGACAGCAGAAUGCAGGACCCCAUAGGCAAAAUCACAACCUUGCCAUUAAAAAAAAUUUUUUUUUACAUACACAUUUGCAGGUGUUCCCUAGAGUGUGGUGUUUUGAAUUUGCUCUUUGUCAUCUGUAUAAUUGCCAAAUGAUUAUAGUGAUACACAUGACCUGCAUUCACUUUUUUCUAGUUUCCUUAAUUAUGUUUAGAAUAAAUUCAUUUCCCUAGACCGAGAACCACAAACAGGUAGUGUGGAGCAUACACCGAAUUUAGAAGCCUGUGGAUAAGGUCAGUGCUCACACUGCCUAGUCCACAGGGAGAGGAUGCUGCAUGAAUAUAUACUCGCCUCUGAGUGGAGGAGAAAUCGUGGCAUGAAAGAGAGAGUACCAGUGAUGACUUCUUAUCCCUGGAGCUGGGCUUUCACUGCUACUCAUAUCCCAGCCCUGCAAGUCUGUUCUAGCCAGCACAGACACCGCAGAUCCGGAACUGAAUGUUCCUAAAUGGCGCAGCCAAUCCAGGCUUUUCAGAAACUGGGCAAAACCAUUAAAAUGGGGACGAUCGGGUCUUCUGCAGUGGUCCAACACAGGAUUUCUUUUAAAUGUUUCAAAAACAUGUCCUUAAAAUUUCAGCCUGCUUCUUAGCGAGUGGGCCAGUUUUGCUUAAAACUGGUGGGGGCGGGGGGAAGUUUUUAAAAAUUGCCAAAAAGUUAGAUGCAAAUGUAUUACUGUAUAAAGCAAAGCUGUAUAUACUAAACAUUUUUUAGCAGAGUAAUAUUUAUUUGCAUAGUCUAUUUAUUGUAUUCGUAUUACACUGUUAUUAAAUACUGGGAUGAAAUCAGUGACCUGAAGCAAGAAAUCUUGCCUUUUAAUGUAUCAUUAAUUAGGGCUGCUGUGAUAUUGUCAGCUUGCAUUAACAAUUAGAAGAUAGAGAACCCGCCAUCAGGGUGUCUACCUAACUUCUCAGGGACUACACUUGGUAGUUUUCCACCAUUUAAAGAACUGGUAAAUAUGAAACAUUUGUUGAAUUACCAGAAUUGCCAUUAACAGUGUUUUCUUUCCCAUAUUCCAUGCUUUCUGCCUCUGUGUAUAUAUAUAAUAUAUAUAUAUAUAUAUAUGACUGUGCUGUGUAUUUAUCGAAGCUAGUAAGCAAUAAUUUAUAUGUAAAAAUGGCCAAGCAAUAUAAGGUUAAAACUUAUAUAAGUAACCCUUACCUUAUCUUGUAUUUUCAAUUGUUUUUUUAAAACUGCUUUUCCAAAUAUGAGACUAUGUUAAAGACACUA